CUAUAAAUACUCAGCUUCCCUCCACCUAACAUUUCCCAGUUUUCACAAAUUUCACACUACAUUCUAGAGAGAGAAAGUAAGGGAGAGAGGAAUUUUUCUGGGUUUCUUUUUUGCAGAUUCUUCGACUGGGUUUUUUCUAGGUCAACCACUCUUCAGAAUCAGAGUUUCAAUGGAGGCACACAGAGCAGCAAUGAUGUCCGGUUCCUCAAAUGUUGUCUUUAUGUCAAGUAUUCUGGGUCAGGAUGGGACAAACCCGGGUCACAAGUGUGAUUGGAAAUGUCAAAACGAGCACGUCUGUGGAAAUAUGUUCCGAUGCAGGCUUACCGGACAGACCCAUAUUUGUGACAAAAACUGUAACCAGCGAAUUCUGUACGGUAAUCACAACUCACUGUGCAGAGUCAGUGGACAGAUUUUCCCACUUACACCUACGGAGCAGCAAGCAGCUAGAGGUGUUCGUAGGAAGUUUGAAGCCGAGGCUUCCUCUUCCGAGACCUGUUCUUUCAAGCGUCGCCGUGAUUCAAAUUUACAUCCUUCGCCUUUCGAGAGAUCAUUUUCUGCUGUCAGCCCUAUCUGCAGUCAAGUUGGAGAUGGCAUGGACUUGAACUAGAUAACUCAAUAAGCAACUAUGAGCCUUUUUCUUCUUUUUUUCUAACUUUUUUUCCUCCAGUGCUUUAACUUUUACAUUUUGGUGAACUAUGUGAGAAUCGUAAUUGCGGAACCCAGUGCGCCCCUUAUGAGUGGCAGAAAACUUUAUUCUCAAUUUAGUGGUUAUGUAGAAACCUUAAAGACUUUCAUCUAUUUUGGUGUUCUUAUGAUGUCAUGUUACAUGUUGCUCUGAAUAUUAUUAGUCACAGUGUCUCUUUGGUAUCAGAUAUAUCUUGUUGCAGCUUCUAUUGUGAUCCAGAGAUUCCAGACUUUCUUUUCUCUUGCCUAUUUGUUCAAUUCUACUGUUGUAUUAACGCUAUAUCUUCUAGUUGCGGCUUGUAGAAUACUCUCUUCUUUGAUUCAGUAGUGAGUUGUAAUUGGACUGAGUAUCGAGUAUCUUCUAUCUUCUGGUUGCAGCUUGUAAACCCUUUCUUCUAUAGUUUAGUUAUAAGUUGGUAACCAGACUGAGUAUAACGUAAGAAAGAGUGGUUUUGAUCCUUCCUACUUCAGUAUAUCUUCUUGCUCAUUCAGUUUUGACAUGUGUGUUCUUCUUGGUCCUAUUUUGCAGGUUACAAACUUUUUCUAGUCAGGGAGUUCUAAUUUGCUUAUUGCAGUAUUACUGAAUGAUUUCUUCUUUGAGUAGAAUUUCAACACAAGGUUUUUACUAAUAUAUUUCCUUCCUUAUCCUCGCAGGAAUGCUGAGAUAUAUUUCCUUCCUAUUUACGGUGUUCUAUGAAGGUGUCUUAACCAACAUCCAAUAAACUGGAUAAUAUGCAAGUGGCAGUUUACCUCUGCUUUCAGAGUUGAAUCAAGAAGAUGAGUUUUGACCCACAUUCUGGAGUUAUUUAGAUUUGUUCUCUCGUUUCUGGUAUGUUCUAAACUUGGUGAGGAUCUCCUUCUGUACGAAUUCUAAUUUCUGAACCGGGAUGGCGGGAUCACUUUCUAUCAGACUCCGUAACACAUUUCACCAGGGCAACUCCCAAACUUGAUGCUGAUGUGUCAUGAAUCAGCCUUUGUACUGCCUACCCCUGGAACUCCAGUGACUUGGCUCAGUCAUCUUAUCCUUUUCCAUGGUUGCUGCGAUGCCUUGUGAUGCAUCCAUGUGCGAUUCUUUCACUUGGCCUAUGCACCAAACCACAAACCAUUACUCUAUUUUUAUCCCUGAGGUCUUUUAUCAGGGAAGAGCAACCUGAAAGUGUGAACUUUUAUAGUUUGUACAAUAUUUUUUUUAGUUAAAUUGUCCUGAGAUUAUUAGGGUAUUAUUAGUUUUAAUCGAAUCUUUGAAACAUAUGUGAUCUUAUAAUAUGCAAUGUAUUGAUUUUAAUA